AUGGGGGAGGAAUCUCCUUUGUUCAAAGAUUUUCUCCAAGAUUUCGACCACUUUGACACCAAUGCGUCCUCCUCAAAUCCAAUUUUUGGUGUCCCAAAUACCUCAAAUUUUGAAUCUUUUGAUGUUUUCCCAUAUGGGUUUUCAAAAAACACUGGUCUUUAUGAAUAUGAGUGCAAGCCAUUGAUAGAUAACAAUGGUGGAAACAAUGGUACUGGACAUGGACAAGUCAUGGACAACUUUGGUACUGGAGGGUACCUCAACAACGACAACCUCCCUCAGAGAAACCAACCACCCUUGGAUAUUAAUCCUCUGAAUUCUGAGCAAGUGAAGCCCAUUGAUUUUGUAGUUCCUGAUGAGGUCUCAAUUGUUGACGUAAGUAGUGUUUGCAUGACGAAAAAUAGGGGAUUUAAGGGUAAGAAGAAGCUUCAUGUUGUGAAGGGACAAUGGACUGAACAAGAGGACAGUCUGCUGAUCCAACUGGUGGAGAAGUAUGGAGUCAAAAACUGGUCUCACAUUGCUCAUGAGAUGUCACCAGCUGCUGGAAGGGUUGGCAAGCAGUGCAGAGAGCGAUGGCAUAAUCAUCUCCGGCCUAAUAUCAAGAAGGAUAGUUGGAGCGAGGAGGAGGAUAGAAUGCUAAUAGAUAUUCAUUCAGCAAUCGGAAACAAAUGGGCGGAGAUCGCGAAAAGGCUUCCAGGAAGAACAGAAAACUCGAUCAAGAACCACUGGAAUGCCACCAUUAGGAGUCUGUACUCGAAGCGAAAAUACCGAUCCAACAAGUACUCGAAAGACACCAUUUUGCAGGAUUACAUCAAGAAAUUAAACUUGAAGUCGCCAAACCAUGAGGAGCAACGUACUAAUUCUACCACCCCCAGCUCUGAUGAUGCUACAAAUUCUGCAAUGAAAACACCAACUACUGCUACUACCAGCAUUCAGCCAGAUCAAGCCUUGGAUUUCUUCUCCGACGAUCGACUGGUUCCGAGUUACGAAUUCAAUGGCUUUGAUUCUCUUCUUGAUGAUAUUAUGGCUCCUUAUGCUCCUGUUAGGAAUGUUGAUGACAAGAUGAUCAAUUUUGUGUUGGAAAUGCCAUCAGAGAUGGCUAAUUAUCCACUGGUGGAUUAUGAAGGGAAGAAGGAGCUGGACUUGGUGGAGAUGAUGCAAGCUCUGAUGCCUUGA